ACAACGUUUACUCUUUUUUUUGGUACUUUUUACUACUUUAUGCAGAGGAAUAAUUCUUCCUCUGCAUAAAGGAAGAAUUUUCCCUUUAUGCAGGAAAAUUCUGCAUAAAGGAAAAUUCUUCCUCUGCAUUUAACCCAUCCUAGCUAGGAGCAGUGGGCAGCUACCGUGCAGCGCCCGGGGACCAACUCCAGUUCGUCUUGCCAUGCCUCAGUCAGGGUCACAGACAGGAGUAUUAACCCUAACAUGCAUGUCUUUUUGAUGGUGGGGGGAAACCGGAGCGCCUGGAGGAAACCCACCGCAGACAGAGAAGAGAACAUGCAAACUCCACGCAGAAAGGACCUGGGGGGUGACCCCCAAGGUUGGACUACCCCGGGGUUCAACCCAGGGCUUUUUUGCUGUGAAGCGACAGCGCUACCCACUGCGCCACCGAGAGAGACGUUUCAUCACUCAUCUAAGUGACCUCUUCAGUCUAAACUGACUGCAGUGAACCCUUGCUGUCACUUCCCCUGUCAGCACUGGGGUGUUUGUGUAAGGUAUGGCCUGGACAAGUAUGAAUGUGACUGCACUCGCACCGGCUACCAUGGAGAAAACUGCACUAUCCCUGAGUUUUGGUCCAGGGUUCGCCAAUUCUUGAAACCCAGUCCGGAUGUGAUCCAUUACAUCCUGACCCAUUUCCAGUGGAUGUGGGAAAUCAUCAAUCGCACCUUCCUACGGGACGUCUUGAUGCGGCUAGUUCUGACAGCAAGGGCCAGCCUGAUCCCCAGUCCUCCCACUUUCAACUCCAAGUAUGGCUACCUUAGCUGGGAAUCCUACUAUAAUGUCAGCUACUACACUCGUAUACUGCCCCCUGUGCCAGAGGACUGCCCCACCCCUCUAGGGGUCAAAGGCAAGGCUGUGCUCCCUGACCCUGAGCUGCUGGUGGAGAGGCUGCUGCUGAGAAGGAAGUUCAGACGAGACCCACAGGGAAGCAACCUCAUGUUUGCCUUUUUUGCCCAGCACUUCACUCACCAGUUCUUUAAGACCUAUAAUCGGAUGGGCCUGGGCUUCACCAAGGCUCUCGCACACGGGGUAGAUGCAGGCCACAUUUAUGGAGACAACCUGGCUCGGCAGCUUAACCUGCGGCUUCACAAAGACGGAAAGCUUAAGUACCAGCUAAUAGAUGGCGAGGUAUACCCACCCACUGUAGCGGAUGCACCUGUCAGGAUGAGCUACCCCUCAGGGGUCCCUCCUGAGAGCCAGCUGGCCAUUGGUCAGGAAGUGUACGGACUCCUCCCUGGUCUCGGGCUGUAUGCCACACUAUGGCUGAGGGAACAUAACCGUGUCUGUGAUAUCCUGAAGGCCGAGCAUCCCACAUGGGAUGAUGAGCAGCUCUUCCAGACCACACGUCUCAUCAUUAUCGGCGAGACAAUACACAUAGUGAUCGAAGAGUACGUGCAGCAUCUGAGUGGAUACCUGCUGCAGCUAAAGUUUGACCCCACGCUGCUGUUUAACUCACCGUUCCAGUACGGAAACCGCAUCGCGUUGGAGUUUAGUCAGCUCUACCACUGGCACCCUCUGAUGCCCGACAGCUUCCUUAUCGAUGGAGAUGAACUUUCCUACUCGCAGUUUAUCUUCAAUACUUCUGUUCUCACCCACUACGGUGUGGAAAAACUGGUGGCCGCCUUCUCACGGCAAGUUGCCGGCCAGAUUGGAGGCGGCCACAACAUAAAUGGUGUGGUGACCAAAGUGUCUGUGGGGGCCGUGAAGGAGUCACGGCAGCUUCGCAUGCAGCCUUUCAACCAGUACCGGAAACGCUUUAACUUGAAACCGUACACGUCAUUUAAAGAGUUCACAGGUAAUGAGGAGAUUGCCAGAGAGCUUGAGGAGCUGUAUGGCGAUAUUGAUGCUUUGGAAUUUUAUCCUGGCCUGCUUCUGGAAAAACUUCGGCCGGGCACCAUAUUCGGGGAGAGCAUGGUGGAAAUGGGUGCCCCGUUCUCCCUGAAAGGCCUGCUGGGAAGCCCCAUAUGUUCACCAGAGUACUGGAAACCCAGCACCUUUGGUGGCCAAGUAGGCUUUGAUAUAGUUAACUCUGCCACACUAAAGAAGCUGGUCUGCCUUAACAGCAGGACUUGCCCUUAUGUGGCUUUCAGGAUACCAUUAGAAGAACCAACACAUACAAGAAGUGAUAACAAUUAUGGGAGGAAUAAAGAAUUAUGACAAAAUCCAGAGAAGGACAGCACAAAGGUGGACAUGGUUUUGGUCCCAUGGAUGAUGGCAGAUUAGACUAAACAGGACACUGCUGCUAAUAUAACAAUGUUUACAGAAAAACGCCUGACUCCACCUGUGAGAAGGAUGUAUUGUACACUGAAGAUUCAUAAGUGAUUGAAAUAUCAGUAUAAAACUGAAUACUUAGUUUUUACAGACACAGACACACGGGGCUGUAGAGUAUGUCAAUAUUGUCGCAUUUGUGAAUGAAAAAAAUAUACUGUGCAAAAAAUCCUAUCAUAUCUGUGUGAGAGGCUGAUUGGUUCCACAAAACUUCUGACACAACACCUCUCAGAUGAACAAUUAAAUGCAUCAUGGGAAAUGUAUUUCAAAUUGUUGAAAAAAAUUCCUAUUUCCGUGUUACAUUGCAACAGCAAGCAACUUUGGAGCAGUAUUGUGAAGUCAGCAAGAGCUGAGAGACCAGUGUUCACACAUCAAAGAAAGUUGAAUCAGUUUAUCUGGAUACAAUGUGUGUACCACACAUACUCUCUCGGCACCCUGUCAUAUGCACCCUGUCUAAAGCCACAAAGAUACAAUGUUACUCCUUUUGACCAUUUUCUAUACUUCUCAUUCAACAUACUCAAAGCAAAUAUGACAUCUGUAGUGCCCUUUUGUGGCAUGAAACCAUGCUGCUGCUCGCUAAUCAUCACCUCUCCUCUUAACCUAGCUUCUAUUACUCUUUCCCAUAUCUUCAUGCUGUGGCUGAUCAACUUUAUACCUCUGUAGUUACUACAGCUCUGCCCAUCACUCUUAUUCUUGAAUCUGGAUACCAGUAUGCUUCUUCUCUACUCCUCAGGCAUCCUCUCACUUUCUGAGAUUGUGCUAAACAAUCUAGUUAAAAACUCCACUGCCAUCUCUCCUAAACAUCUCCAUGCCUCCACGGGUAUGUCGUCUGGACCAACCGCCUUUCCACUCUUCAUUCUCUUCAUAGCUGCCCUCACUUCCUCCUUGCUAAUCCACUGCACUUCCUGAUUCACUAUCCCUACAUCAUCAAACCUUCUCUCUCGCUCUAAUUUUCUUCAUUCACCAGCCCCUCAGAGUAUACUCCUUUCACCUUCUCAACAUACUCCCCUUGCUUGUCAGCACAUUUCCAUCUCUAUCGUUCAUCACCAUAACCUGCUGCACAUUCUUCCCAGCUCGGUCCUUCUGUCUAGCCAAUCUGUGAAAUUCCUUUUCUCCUUCCUUAGUGUCCAACCUCUCAUACAACUCACCAUACACCUUUUCAUUUGCCUUCGCCACCUCUCUCUUCACUUUACACCACAUCUCCUUGUACUCCUGUCUACUUUCUUCAUCUCUCUAUCCCACGUCUUCUUUGCCAACCUCUUCCUCUGCAUACUUUGCUGUACUUCCUCAUUCCACCACCAAGUCUCCUUGUCUUCCUUCCUCUGUCCAGAUGAUACACCAAGUACCUUCCUAGCUGUCUCCCUCACUAUUUCUGCAGUGGUUGCCCAGCCAUUUGGCAAUUCUUCACUACCACCAAAUGCCUGCCUUAACUCUUCCCCGAACUCCACACAACAGUCUUCAACCUGUACCUUCUUCAACCCCCACCAUUUGAACCUUGGCUCUGCCUUCACUCUCUUCCUCUUCUUGAUCUCCAAAGUCAUCCUACAGACCACCAUCCAAUGCUGCCUAGCUACGUUCUCCCCUGUAACCACCUUGCAGUCCCCAAUCCCUUUCAGAUUGUGCCUCCUGCAUAAGACAUUGUCGACCUGUGUGCACCUUCCUCCACUUAUAUGUCACCCUAUGUUCUUCCCUCUUCUUGAAAUAUGUAUUCACCACAGCCAUUUCCAUCCUUUUCGCAAAACCCUCCACCAUCUGUCCUUCCACAUUCUUCUCCUUGAUACCAUACCUAGCCAACACCUCCUCAUCACCCCUGUUCCCUUUAUCAACAUGUCUAUUGAAGUCUGCUCCAAUCACCACUCUCCUCUACUUCAUCCAACUCACUCCAGAAUUAUUAUUUCUCUUCCAUCUCACACCCAACUUGCUGGACAAAUGCGCUGAUAACAUUCAUCACACCUUUGAUUUCCAGCGUCAUACUAAUCACUCUGUCUGACAUGCUCUUCACCUCCAGCACACUCUUGACACACUCUUCCUUCAGAAUUACCCCUACCCCAUUUCUCCUCCUAUCUGCACCAUGGUAGAAGAGUUUGAACCCACCUCUGAUGCUCCUAGCCUUACUCCUCUUCCACCUGGUCUCUUGCACACACAGUAUAUAUACCUUCCUUCUCUCCAUCAUAUCAGAUAGCUCUCCCCCUUUACCAGUCGUGGUGCCAAUAUUCAAAGUUCCAAAUCUCACUUCCACACUCCUGUCCUUCCUCCUCUCCUGCUGCCUCUGGACAUGCCUUCCUAUUCUCCUUUUCCUUUGUCCAACAGUAGCAUAGUUUCCACCGGCACCCUGCUGGCCAACAGUACCGGUGGCGGUCAUUGGUAACCCAGGCCUCAAUCAAUAUGGUAUGUAAAUUUGAUCUGUGAUCCGCAUAAUUGAUUUGGCAAAGGUUUUAUGUCGGAUGACCUUCCUGAUGCAACCCUCCCCAUUUAUCCGGGCUUGGGAACGGCACUAAGUAUGCACUGGCUUGUGCAUCCUCAGUGGCUGGGCUUAUUGAUAAUUGAUCGAUUGAUCAACCAACCAACCAAUCAAUCAAUCUUAUUGUACAUGUUAAAAAACAAAUACAAACAAACAAUAAAAUCAUCAGCAACAUAUAAGUGAAAAAUAAGCAACUCAGAUAGUACCAAUCAUGUUCAAAAGGGAUAAGAAUUUGAGAAUUUUUCUAGUCCUACCCCCUCAAUUCAUGCAUUGAUAAUGGAAAAUGAAUGUUCAACUUAAAGCCAUCAGUGCCCGUGAUAUCUGUCUCAGUUGCCUCAAAAAACAAAACAAAAAAAACAACCCAUUUGGAUAAAUCAAAUCUCAUUACCGUUCAAUAUUACCGUUCGAUAUUUUGUUUCUGACGUCUUUUUAGUUCGGAUAAAGUACCACAUGUUUUCAGCUCAUCAGUGCAGUUAUUCCACAAACCAACCCCCUUGGUUGUACCACAGUGAUAUUUUGCAUCUGCCCUUACUGGUGGUUUUUAGAAAAUACAGGUUACUCUCAGAUUAUGUUUACUUUCUCUCCAUUGGAACAACCCUUGGAUACUAAUAGGUAAUUGUUGAUGUAUUAUUCUGUAUGUAAUUUGAAUGGUUUUAUAAUUUUGUUUUAGCGCAAUCGCCUCACAGUAGGGUCCUGGGUUUGAGCCCCGAGGUAGUCAACCUUGGGGU